GUUGAGGAGUGCUGUAGAUGUUCUGUUAAACUGGAGUACGUCAAAGCUGAGUAAACUGAAGACAGGAGGUGUGUUUCACAGGUGUGGAGAUACUGUGUGAAGGAGGUAUGCACCAGCCCAGCACGCGGUGCUCCGAAUAGCAGCAGAAAACAGAGAGAGGCUCGGAAUCAAAGAAGUUAUCAAGGGUUUGGAUUCAAAUUAUUACGAUGAACUGUAUUCUGCAGUUUUUAUUUUCCCCGCUCCCCACUCCUGCCAUUAUUGGGCUCUUCACAUUUGGGGCUGGUGUCCUGUGCUGGCUGAUAACCCGACCCAAGCCUAUCAUACCUCCAGUAGACCUUAAUAAGCAGACAGUGGGAACCAAGGAUGGUGCAAGAAGAAGUGCUCUGCUUAGGGAUGAUACACUCAUGUCAUAUUAUUAUGAUGAUGCCAGGACGCUAUAUGAUGGUUUCCAGAGGGGACUACAAGUGUCUGGGGAUGGACCUUGUUUAGGCUACAGAAAACCAAACCAGCCUUACCAGUGGCUGUCAUACAAACAGGUGUCUGACAGAGCUGAAUACCUGGGCUCUGCGCUGAUACACAGAGGACUGAAAGCAUCUCCUGAACAACUUGUUGGCAUAUUUGCUCAGAACAGGCCUGAGUGGAUUAUUGCUGAGUACGCCUGUUAUACCUACUCCAUGGUGGUUGUUCCACUGUACGACACACUAGGACCUGAAGCUCUCGUAUUUAUAAUUAACAAAGCUGAUUUAUCAACAGUUAUAUGUGACAGACCUGACAGGGCCCAUGUGCUCCUGAGUAACUGUGAGAAAAGCCUGACGCCAGUCCUCAACACUAUCAUCCUCAUGGAUCCAUUCAACACUGAGCUCAAGGAAAGAGGGGCAAAGUGUGGAGUUGAAAUCCUGUCUCUGCAGGAAGCUGAGGUUUUAGGCAAAGAAAACUGGAGAAAACCAAUUCUGCCUCAACCAGAGGAUCUCAGCGUCGUGUGCUUCACGAGUGGAACCACAGGUGAUCCUAAAGGAGCGAUGUUGACCCAUGAAAAUGUAAUAGCAGAUGCUGCUGCUUUUAUUAAAAGCUUUGAGAGCACUUUUGGCCCGGUGCCUGAAGACAUCUCUAUCUCAUUCCUACCCCUUGCACACAUGUUUGAGAGGGUUGUUCAGACUGUAAUGUACAACAGUGGGGCCAGGGUGGGGUUCUUCCAGGGGGAUAUCCGACUGCUGCCCGAUGACAUGAAAGCCCUGCGGCCUACAGUUUUCCCAGUGGUGCCGCGCCUGCUCAACAGGGUCUAUGACAAGGUGCAUUUCACCAGUUUUAAGACGAUUUUAACAGUCCUGUUCUCUCUAAAGGGAACCAUGGGUGGACGUGUUCGUGUGAUGGUCACUGGGGCAGCUCCGAUCUCUCCAACUGUUCUCAACUUUCUCAGAGCAGCCCUUGGAUGUCCGAUUUUUGAGGCUUAUGGACAGACUGAGUGCACAGCUGGGUGCACCUUUUCCAUGCCUGGGGACUGGACAUCAGGCCAUGUUGGCCCACCAGUUACAUGCAACAUAGUAAAACUGUCCAACGUUGAAGAAAUGAACUAUUUUGCUUCUAAUGGAGAAGGAGAGGUCUGUAUAAAAGGCAAAAAUGUAUUCAAGGGAUAUCUGAAAGAUCCAGAGAAAACAAUGGAAGCUCUUGAUGAGAACGGAUGGUUACACACCGGUGAUAUUGGAAAGUGGCUGCCAAGUGGCGUUCUUAAGAUUAUUGACAGAAAGAAGAACAUCUUCAAAUUGGCACAAGGAGAAUACAUUGCUCCUGAAAAGAUUGAGAACGUGUAUGUGAGAAGUGGCCCUGUAGCUCAAGUGUUUGUGCAUGGAGACAGCUUGAAGUCUUGCUUGGUGGGUAUUGUGGUACCUGAUCCAGAGGUGCUUCCAGAUUUUGCUGCCAAAAGAGGAAUUAAAGGAUCUUUUGAAGACCUCUGUAAGAAUAAUGACAUUAAGAAAGCGAUCCAAGAAGAUAUGUUGAAGUUGGGAAAAGAGUCGGGGCUUCAUUCUUUUGAGCAGAUUAAGAACCUACAUCUCCACCCAGAACAGUUUACCAUUGAAAAUGGACUACUGACCCCAACUCUGAAGGCAAAAAGAGCAGAGCUAACCAAAGUCUUCAAAGCUGAAAUCGAGAAGCUCUAUGUAUCACUGCAGUGAACAUUGUACCUGACGCAGGGUCAGUUUUGUUUCACAUAUGGACUCUUGUGCCUCACUGAUCCACAGAGUGAAAGUGUGUGAAAGAGCUGCACUGUGGACUGCCAAAGGAAAGCUAUUCAAUAGGCUCCUCUUUGUAGCUCAGUGAAAGCUGCACAAUCAUGCACUGUAGAUUUACAUAUAUACUGCACACGUGAUAUUUUCACCAACAGUUCUAAAGAUGACAACCAUCAGGCGUAUUUGAAAACAUCAUUAAACAUCAUAUUAUAAACAAAGUAUUUUUUAAAUUGUAUUCCAAUUUGCAAACAAUAUAUAUAUACCCGUUCACAACAGUCAGUGUACCAUAUCCGGAUGCAGCUGUGCUAUAAAAGAUCCCAAACAACCAAUACAAGUAUCACA